CACGCCGGUCGUUGAAUGGAGCGGGUGUGGAGACGUGUACAAGGUGCCGGGCGUCGCAGUGCCACAGCUCGCUGUGGUUGCCCUGUACAGCCUUGUCAGCUGCACGUGGAUCAACGCGCGAAACGAGGAGGCGGUCGGAAAUCUCGUGGUGGACCGCAGACAAUUGUGUGUGGUUGUCAAGUGCAGCCAUGUCCGGUACAUCCGGUACUGAUAAGGGUUCGUCGUACUCGACCCGGGGUUGGCAACUGUGACUGUCCACCGGAAUCACAACCUUGUCCGCAUGUAGCGCGUACAUCGGCUGUACGGCGGAUUCGAAGAUGUGACUGUUCGGAGCGACCUUGUCGACACUCGGCGGCAGGCGGUGGUACGCGGCAUCGAGUGUCGGUGCAACCCUCUUCACCCAGUUUCUCUCAAGCGAGCCAGUCGAACCAACAGCCGUGCGAGUGCGCCGAAAGAAUAAACUGCACCCACACAAGCGGCGAGUGCGAGUGCGGCGAGGAAGCAAAGCCGUGUUCGCACACGGUCAGGCAACGCAGGUCCCGUCGCACGUGCGAUUGCAGUGGAAGCGGGUCGCAACCGUGCAGCCAUAAACCGCAGCACGAGGGUAGAAUAAAGCGUGUUAAGUGUCGCGUGAGGCGCGCCGGUUGCGCUAUGGCCAGGUGCACGGCGGAACUCGCGAUGCUGCACCUGCAUUGGGGUCUCGCCACCGAGUGUGCCCCCUGCAGGCCCCGUGCGCUCACGCGACGGCUGUGCAGGAGGCAGCAAAGCGACAACGAGCUAUACAGGAGCAACAGUUUCAAAUUUGAACGGUUCGAGAGGAGCAAGGAUGAGUGCGCGACCCCUCUACGGAAACAGGUUUCCCUUUGCGACGACUACAGUCUACCAGUCGAUUUUGUUAAUAAAAGACGUCCUGCAAGUGCUGCGGCUACAACUUCUACGGUCCAGUGGGCGCUUCCAAGUCCUACCGUAGAGAACGCGGAAGUCGAGGUUGUGGAACAAUACAGCGACCCAAAGGAUAGUAAGAACAAGGCGUACGUCGAGCCAGGAGCUGAGACAUCCCUGCCGACGAUCUACAGCAAAGUAAAUCGCAACUAUUGCCGACCUUACACGGAUCCAUCCGCUUCCGGUUCUUCCUGCGAGGAUGACGAGGAGGGUCGGCGGGUGGACAUCAGAAAACGCAAGAACAGUUUGUACGCGUCUACCUCGACGCGCGCUCCAUCAGUAGACAGGGAGAAGGAGUUGAGCUCUGCCGAGGGGGCGUUGGUCGACUGCGUGGCCCUGGUGCAUCUCACCGAUCAAUCGCCAACCGAGUCCAAUCAACCGGUCCGUCAUCCAUCGCCUUAUUAUUACGGCGACUUGUUCAAGGUACCUGAGCAAAUAAGCAAAACACAACCGAACAGGUAUAGAAAGAGCGUGAGCCUCGACGUACCGGGUGAACGGUCUCGAACACCCGGUAUACCGAAGAGAAACUCGGUAGCGGGUGAUGGGGGUUCCUAUUCGUCCCAGCAACAGCAGCAACAACCACAGCAGCCGCUACAUUAUCAGCAGCAGCAGCAGCAGCUACAGCAACAUCAAUUACAGCAACAUUAUCAAAGUCAGGAUCUAGUGAGCCCCACGUCGGGGAGCGAGCAUGCUGUCCCAGUCAGAAACGAGAUCCUCUCGUCGUGCAUCAUCACCGAGUGGGAUCACACCCUCAUGCCUCCUCAUAGAUUGUUAAGCCAUGACCUACCGACCACCGUUUGUACCUGCGUCGCAUCGGCUGAGGAAGAGGAGGAUGAGCUAGAUCAACGGCAGCCGCAGUUAACGCGGCACCAAGUGCGCAAGCUACGCCGUACACGGAGGAUAGACCCGCAGCCGAUACUCGUCGAGGACGAGGACGACGUGGAGGGAGAGGACGAGGGCGAGGAAGAGGAGGAGGAGGACGUGGAGGUGGAGGAAGACGAGGAAGAGAUGGCUAGGCAACGUCACCUCUACGAGACGGCCUUCGACUGCAAGGUCAAUCGCUCCGACGAUGACCUCGAUGACCUCGAUCGGGUCACCAAUCAUCCCGUGUUGCAUUCCCAGAUAAGAAGCAGCAGCGCGAUACCAGUGAGCAGAACGAGUUCAUCGACGGACACGUCUAAGCAACAGCAACAGCAGCAAGCUCCGUACGCUGGUCAGUCCCAUAGCAACAAAGAUCGACGCAAAGUCGUACUUCUCCGCCCAAAACCUAUUCCGAGCCGUCUUCAGCAGCAGCAGCAACAGCAGCAAUCAGACAAUAUUUCUACUCUGUCCCAGGAUAUCGAAUCCCUCCAGAUCAAUUCGAGUGACGAGAAGACCGGUUCGCCGAGAUUACCGGCCCGUGGUUACACACCGUCGCCGCCAUCCACGGCACCGUUGCCCGCCAAAUUCCACGGCAAUCGUGACCACUUGUUGUUGAACAUACGAAGCACACCCAAUCUACCCUCUCAGCCGGACCAUCCGCGUCUCAAAGAUCUCAGAUUGCCCGUCAAAUCCUCGUUAAGGGCGAAAGACUCGCCGCAGAGCAGCGAGGGCAGUAUCCUCGAGAUCAAGAGUAGACCGAAGAGUUUUGCUCAAGACACCGUUGAGUCGUCGCAGGGGCGACGUUUCGACAAGGAGUUGAUCCUAGAGUUCAAAGGGAGGCCGAGGGAGGACAGGCAACGACCGAGGAGCCUGAUCCGCGAGAGCAAGCCCAUCAUGGAGUUCAAGGGGAGGCCUCACGAGGCCGAGAGCGAUCUGUUACGGCCUCGCAGGGACGUUGGCCUGUUGGAAUUCAAACUGCGUACCAGUAGACGCAGACCAGGCUAUUCCAGCACCGAGAGCAUGGCCACGAGUAGCAGCGGCGGCAGCAUGGAGUCGCUACGAAGCAGCACCAGCGAGGGCAACAGAUCAACGAGCAGCUCGGAGAGCCGUCACAGCACCAGUCUGAGCUCCCACAGCUCGGACAGCGGUGGCACGAAUUGCUACCACCAUCACCAGCAACCCUCGAUGACCGGUUUCUUGACCCAUCACGCGAACAAGUUGCACAUACUCUCCCCCAUCUCUGACAAAUCGUCCCAAGAGCCCGCCUCCGAGACCUCGGAUAACAAUCGGAACAACAACUCGCAGAAGGCCUCGCCCGAGGAGAACGUGACCACCGAGAACAACGUGACCGCCUCCAACAACACCAACACGAACACCGGAAACACGAAUUCGGUUACUUCGCCGAUGGACACGUCGUUCAAGAAGAGGCGGACACCCCAGAACAAGAAUCUGAUCAAUUUGGCCCUGCAAUCCUCGUCGUCGGGCGAUGCGGAGAUCCAGGGAUCGGACAGCGGGAUCUCGAUCGAGUCGCGGGCCGGGAUCAAGUGCAAACCGUUCGGUUUCCACUUGUUGAAACCGCAAUUGGACAACAUCAAUCUGGUGGACAACGAGCCCGAGCUCUCCGAUCUCCCUUUCGACAUGCCGAAGCUGCGUAGAAGACGAUUGCUUAUGCAACAGGACGCAACCACAUCUGGGAGCGCGACGAGCGUGGAUUUGAGGGACUUGCCGUUCGACAUGCCGAAACUAAAAAGAAGGCUCAGAUGCAUGCAGAGCACGGAAUCCAGCGGAUCCCAGGCAUCCUCCAGCCUUUCCGUGCGUGACGUCGAACCGCCCGCGUUGUUCGGCGGCGGACUGGCGCGUCCGAAGAUGACACUGAAUCUGGACGCUGAGAACGGGACUAGCAACGGUGGAAACAGCGGUCAACUUCCACCUAAAAAACCCGGAGGUCUCAGCCUUGGAUUGCCACUCGAGAUUAACACCGCCCGCGGAUCCGCUGAUCUGGUCGACGUGGGCCUUCCCCUGGAGAGACAAGGGUGGUAUCACGGAUCCAUCACGAGGAUCGAGGCGGAAGCUGUCCUACGACUUCUGAGAGAAGGAAGUUAUUUGGUGAGGAACAGCGAAUCGACCAAACAAGAUUAUUCUUUAUCGUUAAAGAGUGCUCGCGGUUUCAUGCACAUGCGUAUCCAAAAAAAUGAAGAGUUGAACGCGUACAUCCUGGGUCAAUUUAGCAAACCGUUCGACAGUAUACCGGAAAUGGUUCGUCACUUCAGCGUGAACCGUCUUCCGAUACGUGGCGCCGAACACAUGUGUCUUCUACAUCCAGUCAUAGCUCAGCUUUUGUAGCGCAUCUAUCGUAGCGCUGUUUAAGGCGCUUCCCAUUUUUUGAUAUCCCUUUUACCCACGAAGAUUACUAAAAAAAAAAAAACCUGAACAGUAC